AUGUCAUCUCCAUCUCCCAUCCAAGCUGCACCGAACAUACUGGAGCUCCUCACAAAGCUCCAUCGAAUUUCAUUGGAACAAGAAGCCAGCAUCUCUAAAACAGGGAAAGUCUUUUCCUCGGAUGUCCUAGGCGACCUCGAGGAUCGUCAGCCAACCAGCGAUCCUAAGGAUAAAUUCGAUCUUCUCAUGCUAGACAAGUUCAUCGCGUUAGAUGAAGACAAAUGCCAAUUCACCUACCAAUUGAUCAAUGCCAUGGGUGCCACGAACAUCGUCGAGGCAGGCACGAGCUUCGGUGUUAGCACAAUCUAUCUCGCUCUUGCUAUUGCCAAAACGAAGGCUGCGACUGGUAAAUCCGGGAUUGUCAUUGCGACAGAAAAGGAAAAGGAAAAGGCAGCAAUUGCUCGAAAGUACUGGGCCCAGUGUGGUCCUGCUGUUGAAGAGCAGAUUGAUUUGAGAGAAGGUGAUCUUCUCGAAACUUUGAAAGUUGGGCUGCCACAGGUCGAUCUUCUUCUUCUCGACAUCUGGUCGGCACUAUCUCUUCCAACAUUGAAGACUGUACUACCCAGUCUUCGACCAGGAGCUGUCGUGCUUACUGAUAAUACAAUCUCUGGAGCGAAAGGCUACGCAGACCUAUUAGCUUAUUUACGAGCGCCCGAGAAUGGGUUCCAGAACAUGACGCUUCCUUUUACCAACGGGUUUGAGAUGAGUGUUUAUAGGCCGCAGUCCGUGUAG